AACUUCUGCAUCGUCGUCCGUCGUGGGGGGGACACCCGCCCUGAGGGACCCCCACGGGGGAGGCCCGCUGGGCGUGACCCCAACUAUGACGUCACGCCGUGUUUUUUCUCAAUGGGAAUCCUUCCGUGCACAUGAGCGCGCUUCCCCGCCGCUAUCGCCGCCGACGUCGCCUUUUCUCUACAAUUAACUCCUUACCCACGUUACCACCAAUGCGACUAUCGUCAUCAUCAUCGUCGUCGUCGUGAUCGUUAACACCGCCGUUUGCCUCUUAAGCGGACGCGCAACACACACACACACGAGCGUCAUCACCGCGUCCAUUUCCUCUGCACGGGCGAACAAGGCCAAGCCGAGUGGCGUUCAAAAUGAGCCUGCUCGUGAUGAUCAUAACAGGAGCCGCAAUAAUUAGCAAUGCGACGAAGAUGAUGGGGGCUUUGAUGAUGAUGAUGUGAUGUACCCUGGCCGUGGGUUGCUGUGUGUCAGCACUGCCCUUGCUCAACUCUUAGUGGGGCUGGUGGUUUUUUUGGUUGUUGUUCGUGAGUGUUUGGAUUGGGUUCGGGUCCACGUUAUUGCGCUGGGUAUUCUGAACAAAGGGAGACAAAGGCGAAUGCGGAGUUUUCGCUCCUGAAGGUGAUGAUGCCACGAUCAAAGCAAAGCAACCCGCAGCCUCUGAGCCAUAAAAGAGAGGAAGCCAAGAGGGAGCUCGUGGGCACUGCUCUGCUGAGGCCACCGUCAUCAGGAGCCAGCAGCACAGAAACAGGGGGCUGUCGACCCGACUUCAAAAAAGUCAAACUCAAACAGACAAACGAGGACUCUGCGGAUACGGAACCACUGAUCCCCGCUGACCAUAACGGCGGCCGGCCAUCGCUGACGACCACUUCGGCCCCAGCAGCUGAGCAAGUGGCAGCCGAGCGGGCGACCGACGGGAACGCGAGCGAGAGCGCAUCCACCGUCCCGGAGACGUUCGCCGGCGAGCCAGGCGAUGAUGAGGAGCCCGCCGGUGCUGGGCGGGCUGGCGUGAGAGCGUCACUAGCCGGCGGGGACCCCACGAGCGGCAACGUCGCGCUGGAAGCCCUGCUGCAGGCCGUGGGGCCCGAGCUCGGCGGCCCGCCGCAGCCCAGCGGCAUGUCGGCGCCGUUUGGCACUGGCGAGCGGGCCUACGUGACGCACGUGCCGUCCCCCGCCGCCCCGGCGGCACUGCAUCGCGGCCUCCCGGCUGUCGUGUGCCCUGCGCAGCGCCCGCACGUUGAGCACCUGGCCACCAGACAGCACCGGCAGUACCAGCGGCAGUACCAGCAGCAGCAGCAGCAGCAGCAGCAGGACGUUGGCCGGGCGGUGCUCUCACUAAGUCCGGGGAAGAUGGGUGAAUGCCUGACGGUGGCCUACGCCGCCAGCGCCCUGGUGUCCCGGCCGGCGUGCUUCCCCAACGGGCAAGGGGGCAGGGCGAACGUGGGCGGUCUGCGGGCGGGCGAGGAGGCGGCGUGCGAGGCACCGGGCGCCGCCAAGGAGCGGCCCAAGCGCCUGGGCCGCUACGUGUGCGGGACGUGCGGCAUGGGCUGCGCCAAGCCCAGCGUGCUGGAGAAGCACGUGCGCUCGCACACGGGCGAGCGGCCCUACCCGUGCAGCAUCUGCAACAGCGCAUUCAAGACCAAGAGCAACCUGUCCAAGCACAUGAAGUCGCAGGCGCACGUGCAGCGCGAGGGCGGCUCGUGCGGGGCGAGCGCCGAGCAGCAGCAGCAGCAGCAGCAGCAGGGGGAGGGCAGCGGCCGGGACGACGGGGACGACGCCGCCUCCGAUUGCGACGGCGACGACGACUCGGACACGGACGACAGCCCCGAGGCGGCCGUCGCCUGUGGCCGCGUCGUCUUGGGCUGGGUCCCGACGCAGUCCGCCGCCUCGGAACCAGGCGCCUUCGUGCACGGAGCCCACGCGGAGGCCGAGCCCGCUCGGGACGACCGGAGGUGCAACGGCGGCGACGGGCGGCAAGCGUGCGCGGACGAGCGAGCCGAAGCCGCCGUGCGCACCCGGGACCCCUCCGUGGAGCGCUCGCAGGAAGUUGAGCGGCACAAGUUUGAGAUGCGCCACCUGAAAAUCAGCUUCGAAUCCGAGUCCGGCAGCCCCAUGGGGAAGAACAGGAACGACUCCGGCUACCGGUCUUUUUCCGAAAGCCUGGAGCUGCCGUCCGUCACGCCAACUACAGCGCACCACUUCUCCUUCACCGAGGGCGGCGGCCGUAGCGGGGAGGCGGGGCCCGUGAACUCGCGGCCACCCGUGUUUGCCGUCGCGCCGGCUGCGGCGGCCACAAUGCGGAUGGUGCUGCCGAGCGCGGAGCGCGUGGCCAUCGACAAGCACAUCGGCGACCACAUCGACAAGCUCAUCUCGCAGAACGAGGCGCUGGUGGACAACCGCGAGCUGGACAGCGUGAAGCCGCGGCGAGCGUCGUGCGCGCGCCGAGCCAGCAUCGACUCCCCGCGGCCCUACACCUUCAAGGACUCGUUCCAGUUCGACCUGCGGCCCCAGGACCCGCACGGCCGUGCGGGCCCCGAGCUCAUGAGGAGUCCCCCGCCGUUUUCCCCCCAUGGCAAAAGCGGCGUCAGGCCCUGGAUGCCGCUCUUCCCCCCGCCAAAAGAACACGGCGCGCACAGGACCGACGGCAGGGCGUCCGCGCCGCGCCUCUCCAAGUUUGCGUCGUCCGGCUCGCUGGGGCACAGCUUGGAGUCGCAGUGCGACGACGUGUUCACGCCGGGGCCGGGCCAGAGCCCCCCGCCGCAGUCACCGCGCCUCACGCGCCAGGAAGCCGUGGACGAGGGCGCGGCGCGUCUCAAGACGCAGUCGGUGGACGAGGCGUCGCGAAAGCAGCCUGUCGCGGCCGAAGGCGACGGCGACCGUUUCCCCAAGAGCCGCUCGCUCGACGAGGUGGCCGGCGAGCGGAGGCCCGAGGGCGGCAGGAGGGGCCGACGCGCGGCACGCGGCCGCGGGCUCAUGUUCGAGUGCGACACGUGCGGCGUCAAGUACCGUAAGCCCGAGAACUACGAGGCGCACAAGAAGUACUACUGCUCGGAGCUGCACGCGCCGCGCACGCGAUCCCUGGGCCCGCAGCCCGCCGGCAACACCCACCCACAGCUGGGCCACUACAAGGUGUCGGUCGACAGCUUGGAGAAGGCGCCGCUCAUGAAGAAGCGCAAGAGGGCGCACGGCUCGGGGGACAGAGACGAGGAGGAAGCGGCAGUGCCCGGCGGCCGGCUCACGCCGCCUGCCGCGCUCGGCGCCCGCGUCCUGACCACGUUCGUCGGGCAGCCGGAGGCCGACCUGGGCAAGUCCGUGACGCUGCUGGACAAAUUGGGUGCAAAUGGCGGCAGUGCCUUCGUGUUCCCAUGCGUGCGCUUCGAGGGCUCUGAUGCCAAGGCAGGCGGGAGCGAGCAGGCGUUGUCUUCCGGCGCCUUUGCCAAGACGGUGCCACUGCUGUGCGUGCCGCCCCGAGUUGGAAACGGAGCGCUGUCUGAUCUGGGGAGGUUGGGCGACAGCCUCGCCACCUUUGGGCGGGCAAAGUCUUUCGAUGUACCGCCCAUGGCGAGAGCGAAUUCAUUCGAUGUGACGCGUGCUGACUCGGUCGGCCAAAGAAGGAUCGGAGGUCAAAUCUCCGUGAUCCAGCAUACCAAAUUCCUGAACAAGGCGAAGUCCGUUGACAGCUGCGAGCCCCCCGCAGAGUGCUCGGCCACACUGUUGAGAAGCGCUCCGUGGAAAGCGUGCGACGUCGCCAGUGGCCGGGCAUCGAGCGACGAAGUUUUACAGGAAGCAUCGCCCUGCGCCGUCCGCUUCCAGAACAGAGCGAUGGUUACACCGCAGCCUCCACCGACGCUUGCUGGUAUCGCCAUCAAGAUUCCGAAAAUAUUGAUCAGCACGGACUCGCAGAAGAAUGAGUUCGAGCAGCAGCAGCAGCAGCAGCAUGUGGACGCUCCAGUCAGCGAUUGCCUGCAAGUGUCCGUGGAGAAACUGCACCCGAAGAAGCAACAAAUGCGGCGUGUAAUAUUGGGCCUCAAUUUUGACGACGCCUCCAAUGGGGAACCGAGCAGCAGGAGAGGCCCCUGGGGUUCCAACCCGGCAGACGGGGUGCAUCCAAGCGUGGGUCUCGUGCAACCACUGGAGCAGCAGCGGAGGGGAUCCAUGCGGCGCACGUCGUCCGAGCAGGCGGCUGGCUCUCCACCGUUCGUCGAGGUGGCUGAAAUGCUCCGCAGCCGCUCGCUGGACUUGGGCGACGAAGAGCCAGGUGCCGCUCCAGCAUCGGCCAUGCGUCCGCCUCCACGCUCCACGAAGCUGCACUCAACGCUGCGGCCCUCGCCCUUGGUUACCGCUUCCACACCCACCUCAGCGGUAGAGCGUGGCGAGGAGCCAAAUCGAGACCAGCUCUUUAUCCCCCACUACCAGAUUCAGCCGGGCCGCAUCGCUGAACGUGCGUCAUCACCCCUGAUAAACAAGCCUCAACACCGCUCCGACGUUCUGGAAUCUGUACGAGAUUUUGGCAGCUGUGACGCCUCAGUGCGCGACAGGUGUUUAGCGAUAAAGGGUCGUGAACCGGAGGACUCAUGUGCCGUUCCUAAAUCGUACUUGCCGCCCCAAAGUGUUGCCAUACCUGUGUCAUGCUCGGAAGAGCUCCCAUGCGGCUCGACAUCUUCACCACCUCAAGGCACUCUCCAGCUUUCCCCUCAGGUGUCAAUAUUAUCUGCACCAGCGGCCUUACCUCAGGUUCACCCACCGCUGUCACCAUCAUCAUUCCACGGGGACCGAGAAACAUCAUCCCCAUCGUCCAAUCGCGAGAGCCAAAGUAAAACCCUCACGCCGCAUCCCACUCAAGCUCCCAUUGCUGCUGCGCCAUCCCCCGAGGGUCGGGCAUCAAGUGCAGCGGCGGAACAUUCGGCCAGAAAACCCUCCCCGGCUCCGGAGUCGGACGAGCUGAACGCUGUCACAGCUCCUGGAAAUCCCGCGGCGUCUCAGGUUCUCGUCGUUCUUCCUCGCGGCGCAGCCCCAGUCUGCUCGGCGCCUCUUCCAGGGGACGCUGGCCCGUCCUCGUCUCGGGCUCCCGCCCCGGCCGCACCGGUCGCUCACCCCGACCCUUGCCAGCCACGCGGCGCCGGCUUCGAUGCGUGCGCCUGCGCGGGCCCCCCAAACGCUGGCGUCCUCGUGGCUCCGCCGAGCGGCCGGCACAAGGCGGGCUCGCGCCCCGCUUCCCCGGCCGCCGCUCCGUCUACCGCUGCCGCUUCCCUCGCGGGAAAUCCGUCGGCGGAGGCGCCCUGCAGGAAACGACCGCUUGCCGCCGCGGACGAAGCGGGAGAGGAGCUCGCCGCCGAGCGGCAGCGCGGCAAGUGCGCGAAGCAGGCGGCGUUCGGAGUUGACGGCGCGCGGACGAACGCCGCUGCCGGCAAGCCGCGCAAGCCCUUCCUGCAGCGGCAGGAGAGGGUGGAGGAGCCGUCGGUCUCCGCUUCGAAGCCGGAGGGGUCGGCGGAACACGCCUCCGAGACGCCCGGGAGCAGCGGACGCGACUCCUCGGCGACGGUGGCGGCCGGCGAGGUCGACGCCGCCGACCCUCGGCCCUGCGCGGCUCCGAGCGGGGGAGGUGGCCCCCCUCCCCCGGGGACGUACGGCACAGCAGCGGACGUGUCGUGGUGCUACCUGCAGGCGCAGCCGAGCCACCACGCGCAGGGCGACGGCAGGGCGUCGGUGUAUUCUCGCUGGGACGUCGGCGACGGAGAGAAGGCGGCGGGCGGUGGCGCGGGUGGCGCCGGCGGUGUCGGUUGCAGGCCGCCGCCGCCGCCGGCGUCCAGUGGGCCCGGCUGCGGAGCGUACACGACGGCAGUGGCUGUGCCGCAGGAGUACGGGCGGGUGGUGCAGUCCUGCGAGUGGAAGAGCAGCCGGCAGAUUUGUCAGGUGAAGGACGAGGGGAAAGCUGCUGUGCCUCAGCAGGCGCCGGCCCACCAGGGGAAGGCGCCGAGCCUGGACGAAGCGACGGGGGAAGGGGCAGACGGCGCUGUCCCGGAAACGAGGCGCGUCAAAAUCUUCGAGGGAGGGUACAAGUCCAACGAGGAGUACGUGUACGUGCGGGGCCGUGGGCGGGGCAAGUACGUGUGCGAGGAGUGCGGCAUCCGCUGCCGGAAGCCCAGCAUGCUGCGCAAGCACAUCCGCUCGCACUCCGACUUGCGGCCCUACCGCUGCAACGUCUGUCGCUUCUCCUUCAAAACCAAAGGGAAUCUCACCAAACACGUGAAGUCCAAGACUCACAGCAAAAAGUGCGUGGACACAGGAGUGACACCAUGCACCUCCCUGGACGAGGCGGACGAUGACUGUGACGCCAGCGGGUACGCCGAGGGAGAGAAAGGCGGCGACGAUUCUGAGGAUGACAACGAUAGUGACGAUGAAGACGAGGAGGAGGAGGGCAGCAUCGACUCGACCGAGAUCCUUCCGGUAGCGUCCGCGUCCCAGGGCUCGGCAGCUGAGCGGCACCCGUCCGACAAGCCACCACGCUCGACAGGCUCCAGGUCCCCCAGUGAGUGCCCCGCGGCCAAGAGCCCGAACGGGACCGAAGACGCGCACCGCGAACGUGGCGCAGGAAGACCCGAAGCCAUGGCCACCGCCAGCUCCCCUCGCUCCCCAAGCCUCUUCAGUCACCUCCCCCUGCACUCGCAGCUUCAGGCAGAGAGGACCUUGCUGCCCAUGCUGCAGGUGGGCAGCGGCGGUGCCGGUUGCGGCGCAGGAAGCUUGCAGCUGCUCGCGCCGACCAGUGCCGCCCUGCUUCCCACUGUCCCAGAAUGCACCUUGGCCGGCGGAGGAGGUUUCGUCGGCUUCGUGAGUAGCAGUGGCAUCACGUCCCUGCGCUGCUUGCCUGUCAUGUCCCUCCCGCUCGCUACCAAGAUUUCCACGGUGAAGGCCCUGCCCCUAAUUCCUGGACAAAUCCCAGACCUGCUCGUGCCAGCAGAGGCCAGCGGUGCAAGCGGCCGUGCCGCAGUGGACAGCCAGGGGCAGGACGCGGCGCGGGAGUGCCGGAUCUCGCACAACGGACAUAGUGUGGCUGUCACUCUGACCAGAGCUAAUGAGCCCACGGGUGUUUAGGUCAUCGGGGUGAAGAUGAGAAAUCUAUUCGGUUCUCUGGCACCACUGAAUUAAGUUAAUUGUCAUUUUUUUUUUGGCGUGUGUACAUACUUUGUUUUUCCCUUGUUUUUUGGUAUUGCCCCCUUUAAUGCUUUUUUUUAUCUCCUUUUCAGCACCUUGUUUUUAAAUGCGAUUUUUUUACUGAAAAGUUAUAUGUACAUAUGACUUGUAUGGGUGUUUUUUUUUUUCUCCAAAAUGUUAUUUACUGUUAAAUUAUACAGAUUGCUAUACCCAGUAUGACAAUUGCGGCGAGGGUCGUUUUAAUUUUGGUUUGGCAGUUACCCAACAUCUCAUAAAGUUACCACGUUUUACGAGUUAAAAAUAAUAGUUCUGGCCCCAGGCACAAUGGAUGCACAAAAAAACAUCAGGAAAUUACGUUUAAUUGAACGAGUGUCAAAGUUGAAAAUAUACCAUGUGUUUUCUUUGGCAACCUGUCUUUUAACACGACAUGUGAUUGUGUUGAGAGGGGCUCUAUCCUGGAGACACCAAUUUGGAGUAAAUCUACUAUUUAAUUAUUUCUGGGUUUAUUCCCCAGCAUCCCAGCAUGAGGCUUUGCUGCCUGCUGGCUUUUCAAAUUAGGCAAUUUUCGUAAACCUCACUCCUCACCUGAAAUUGCACAAAUACGACGUUAAUUGGUGGUACAACAAUUUCUUCAAUGCGCAUCCUCAAAAUGUGAUUGCGAGAAAAAAACACAUUAAGUGCCUUAGAUCCGAAUAAUAUUUCUUUGUGGUCCCCUAGGUGAACUUGAGGGAACAAACCUCACACGUUCAGGGAAACAAUCAGCAAUAUUAACUUAAGUACUGUUUGCAACCAUUGUCGUGAUUACUGCUCUUAAAACAGCUCGAUCAAAUGUUUUAUAAUCAAAUACAUGACAACCUGUUUAAUAUUUACUACAAAUGUAACAUUAAACAUUGUACAUUUUGUUGCUCUUGUUUAUAUUCACAAUUUUAAUGUGACAUUUGACCUUCGGUUGUUAUUACGGUUAUUGUUUUGUGUACGAGGAUACAUUUUCGUCUAAAUGCAAUUACUUCAUGUUAAUUUUUACGAGAAAAGUGUCCGAGAAUUAUUUUCACGCGAGUGGAAGAGAGCUGCAACAAAUGAAGCCAAAUAUUCACUUUCAUUAUCCAGCGUUGAGCAAAGAGAUGUACGUCAACACAUUUUCGCCUUCAAAAGCGUAGCUUUGCUAAAACCCAGACCAAUUUUCACUCUGUCUCACUGGCGUUACUUCAACUUAAACAAUUUACAUCAAUUUAAAAGCAAUAAUCCAUGUUAUUACCUUUAUCUCUCUCUCUCUCUACUUUGAUACUGUCCUUAAUUGACACCCAACCAAACAGUGAUGCACUUACACACUUGGGUUGCCGCGAUAUAAUGUUUCAUGAUAUGAUAUUAAAUUUCACGAUGUGAAAAUUA